AUGUCAAACACAUUUGACAAGCCAAAAAUAAUUAAAAUUGACAUAACUUGGAUUUGACAUUCAGAAAUCGGCUCUAUUGAAAGCUAUAAAGGCGGAUUAAGUAUAGUUGAAUGAAUUGUAUCAGCGCAUCCACAAGGUUGCCCACCAUUGACAAUAUUGACAAUGAUUGAAUUUUCUAGCCAACUCUCGACAAAAUUUUAUUCUGAAGUCCAGGGCGUAACUCCUAGUUUCACGUUUGGGAGAAAUUCCAAUUUGCCAGGAAAUUAG